AAUACAAACAUUGUGAGUGAGUUCAGAAUUCAGAUCCGAAGCAGCAUGGGCAGAAUAUUAUUGCAACAGUAUGUGGCUAUGAAAAGGGAAAGGGUUGUUUCGAGUUUAAUCGAUUCCGACGUAAAUGAGCUUAAGCUUGCGGCCAAGAAGCUCCUCCACGAUGCCACAAUCCUCGGAAGCAAAGGCGUUGGCAUUUCUUUCUUCAAAUGGCUCGCUUCCUUUGCCGCCAUUUAUUUACUUAUACUAGACAGCACAAACUGGAGGACAAAUAUGCUGACAGCGUUAUUAGUGCCUUACAUAUUCUUCAGUUUUCCGGAGUCGCUAUUCCAAUUUUUCAGAGGGGAAGUUGGAAAAUGGAUUGCCUUCGUCACAGUGGUGUUGAGGCUUUUCUUCCCUAGACAUUUUCCUGAUUGGCUGGAAAUACCUGGAUCAAUGAUCCUAAUUUUGAUUGUGGCCCCAAACAUCUUUGCUCUGAAAUUGAGGAAUAAUUGGAUUGGAUUAGCGGUUGAUCUUUUGAUUGGUUGUUACCUACUACAAGAACACAUCAGGGCUUCUGGUGGAUUCAGAAACUCUUUCACACAGAAACAUGGAAUUUCAAAUACUCUUGGCAUCCUCCUCCUCAUAGUGUACCCUAUUUGUGCAUUCAUUAUCCAUUAAUUAUGAACCAUUUUUUACAUAAAAAAAAAGAGUAUAAGCAUUAUAGUAUAGAAGUUGGUUAUGAUCGAUGUGUAAUCUGUUAGGAAAAUAAAUAUGUAGAUGGUGGAGUUUGAUAGCAGCAUAGACAAAAGAACUCCGUUGACUUUUUUUUACCCACAAAUGCAGAGUUUAUAGUAAAUUAUCCUGAAAUAUUGUUCAGCAUAAUUGCAAUCCUGAAAUUUUAACGACGAACAAAA